GUGAUUGUGCUAUAAAAACAAUAAUUUUUCCUUCUGAUUUUGAUUUGAAACAGAAGAUUGUUGCUUUACCAUCUUAAACUUUGCAUUUCACUCCCCUUUUAAACAUUUUGAACGCAGCUGUAUGUAACGCGACGCUCCAAGCCCGCCGCACUGACUGAUGGGUAAACCAUAAAAGUUCAGCUUCUCUUUUACCUUCGCUGCCAUUCAUCCAAGUAGACUGCAGCAGUAAUAACCUCCUCGUGUGCCCACUCACGCACCCACCCACGCGCGGCCGGUCGGUGUAUCAGCCCACAUCAUCACCAGCUACUAUUACACUAGAGGGGAGCUGCUUCAGGUGGCGGCGCGCGCGUUGCGGGAGCGCGCACACAUACCGUGGGCUGGUCCGUUUGCGCACACAGCUGUGAUUUUUGGGGUUUUUUUGGGUGGUAAGAGGGACGCCUGUUAAGUUGCUGUCCUCGGUGUGGUUUGGAGAAGGAGGUUCAGUGGAGCAGCUUUCAGCGCCAAAAAGAAAAAAAAAAAGGAGGCUGAGUGAGGAGGGAAACAUAAGGAUGCUGAUCCAAGCAGUCAGCGGGAGCUGCAGCUUCUCUUCAUCAGCGCCAACCCGGGUUGUUCCGUUUGUAACUUUUUAACGAGCUGAAGUUCACCUCAGCUUGUUUUUUUUUUUUCUUUUUCCCCGUUACGUCCGGUUUCGCUCCGGUUCCGCCGGCCUCCCUGCCAUGGUGGCCGCAUCGGUCCACGGAGCGCUCCUCCUGUGCGCCCUCCUUCUCCAGCUGUUCCCGCUUCCCGGCGGACAGGCACCAAACUGCCAGGAGGUGCGCGCCGCGUUUCACGCUCUGCACCCCGGUUCCAAGUGGGUACCUGAAAGUCCGGUGUCAGGUGGAGAUCUGCAGGUUUGCCAAACCAAAGGCCCGACCUGCUGUUCCAAGAAGAUGGAGGAGCGGUAUCAGGUGGCUGCACGCAGCAACAUGGAGUCAGGGCUGCAGGUUGUCAGCGCUCAUCUCAAACGCCUCAUCAUCCAGAACGCCGCUAUCUUCCAAGAGGCCUUCGACCUGGUGCUGCGUCAUGGCCGUAACUCCACCCUGACCGUGCUGAAGUCGGAGUUCCCGGCUCUCGUCCCUGGAGCCCAGAGCUCCGUGGGGCAGCUCUUCCUGGACAUGUCGCUCUACAUCCUCGGCUCCGACUCCACGGUGGACCACAUGGUGGCGGCGUUCUUCGGCAAACUCUUUCCCCUCACGUACCGCCGGCUGCUGGGUGGCGGUGCGUCCGCCGCGUCUGAGGAGUGCGUGCGGGGAGCCUGGAAGGACUCCGGAGCGUUUGGGCCUUACCCCAAGCUGAUCAUGACCCGGCUGUCUCGCUCCCUCCUGGCCACAAGGGUCUUCCUGCAGGCGCUCAACCUGGGCAUAGAGGUGGUCAACACCACGGACCAUCUGCGGCCCAGCAGGGACUGCGGCCGGGCCCUGCUGAGGCUGUGGUACUGCCCGCACUGCCAGGGCAUGCUCAGCCCGCCAGCCUGCAGAGGCUUCUGCCAGACGGCGAUGCAGGGCUGCCUGGGGGGCGCCGCCGAGGUUCAGCCCCACUGGAGGAGCUACAUUGACGGACUGGGGAAGCUGGCAGGGGGCAUGAGAGGGGAGCAGGAUAUGGAGGCCGUCGUUCUCAGGCUGCCGUCGCUGAUUAAGCUGGCUCUGAAGCAGGCUGUGAACGCCCGCAGCCGGCUCAGCGCCCUGGUGAGCGGCAUGUGUGGACACGCUACGAAGCGAGCCUCCCGCUCCGUGGAGGCCCCGCCUCUCCAUCAGCCUCCCGCUGCGGCUGCGACCCGGGACACUCAGCCCUCAGACUCCGAUGAGACGCUGGCUGGACUCCGCAGGGAGUUCAUCACCAACCUGAAAAGCUUCAGCUCCUUCUACAGCGGCCUCGGGGAGGCGCUGUGCAGUCGGGAGCCUACCGCAGCAAACAACUCCCUCUGCUGGAAUGGGCAGGAGAUGACAGACAGGUAUGGAUUAAUAAUGGCAUUUAUUUCCGAGCGCAUCUGCUGGAAAAUCCACGGCGCCCGGUGCUUUUAAAGCGUAUCGGCUCACGAGCAGAUCCUCGAUCUGGCGGGUUGAUUUCACGUCUCGGAGCGCGUAGGUGACUUGAAGGGUAAGUUUUCCCCAAGCUGAAGGGCUUCCUCCUCCCCUCUCCUUCUCCUCCCACUGAGUGUGAGUGUAAAUCUUGACUUUGG